CACUUCCCACGUUAAAAUAGAACACCGGGGCCGUUGCGACGCACCGUCGUCACAUUCUAAAUUUCCCGCCUCUUUUUUGUUUUUGCAUCGAGGAGAAAGACGUUGGCCAGGUCGUUGUUCGGUUCCUUUAAAAUUCACUGUUCUUCUCUCUCUCUCUCUCUCCCCCGAGGUCUUUGCGAUUGUUUUUAGUUCUGAAGUUUCAUCGAAGUUUCAAGCAACAGAGCUCUUCAAUAAGGCAUUCGCCCUCUCGCCAAGGAAAUACUGCUGCUGGUUUCAAUUUGGUGUCUUCUCUGCGAAAAUUGUGAUAAUGGAGGUUGAUGCACCGCAAACUCUACUAGAUGAUUGGAUGAGUGAUUGCCGGAGUAUUGGAAGCAAUCGUUAUCGGUCCAGUCAAUCUAGGAAGAUCUCCAUUGGAGUAAUGGUUGACUCAGUAGGCAAUAAAAGGUCUAGAUCUACAAAGGAAGAUAAGGCUACAGUGGCAAGUGCAGAAAGGAUGAAUCUUAAUGUUGAUACUUCCGCAGAAAUAAAAAAGAAGGGGCAAGAAGUCACAGCUCCUGUCAAAGGGAAACAAACGGACACUCCGGAGCAGGAGAACUCCCCAUGGAUUACUCCAAGAUCACUUUAUCCGCAAGCACCUUUUCCAGAGUCUGUUCUUCAUUUAGAGCAACCAGUCACUAGUGGCCAGCAAAACAACCUUAACGGACAAAGUAGUGAACCAGCAACAUACUCGGUUCAGUUGUUUGUGAACAAGGCAUCAAUUUUAGAGUCUGGCGAUGGCAACCAGAAGAAGUUUGAUGGGUUUACCUACAAAAGGAAGGGAGUAAAGGACAGAACCACAGAGAGGGUGGAGGAAUUUGCAUUUGCCACUGCACAACAAGUUCACGUGUCCGACCAAGUUGUGAUAGAGGAUAAAGCAGACAAAACAAGAAACAGGACUGGAAUUUUGAGAAUGAAGCUUUGGGAAAUACUUGGCAAUGUUUCUUCGCCUAAAAAUGAGAAUUCUAACUUUCAGAGACCUGAGGUUGGCACCAAUAAUAUGAAGCUGGGGCAGAAUUUUGAUCAGAAUGCUGUUACAGUUGCCAGGUGUAGACAGAAUUCAGAUACGAUAGAAACUGAUUCUGAAGCUUCUGAUCAUGCUAGCAGGAGACCAGUAACUCGUUCUUUGACGCGUAAAAGAGUGAGACAGAAAGUGCAAGUAAAUGGGACUAAAUGUGGUCCAUCCUCUGGUUACAUACACAAGCAUCAUGAGAAGAACUUCUCCUUGGAAGGAGGGUUGGGGAGAGUAAAUGGUGCUAUCAAUGGUGAUUCCUCAAAGCCUAUGAGGAAGAAGAUAGAGAAAAAGAGUAAAAGAAUUGAGCCCCGUAAGAUUUUGUUUCCUAAAAAGGAUGUUAUGGAUCAGAUUCAGGAAGCAAGUUAUAGAAGUGAAGCAAAAGUUCCUGCUGAGAGAAAAUUUUCACGUGGCAAUCAAAUGGAAGAUAUUUAUGGUUGCAUAUAUGAGGAUGAGAGAGAGUACCUUGGACUGGAGAAUAAAAUCCAAGAAAUUCUGCAUCAAUCACCAUUGAUAGACAAGACUAAUCUCCAGGGAGAUUUUAACAGUCCAGUAAAUCAACAAGACGUUGCUAGUCCAUCUUUAAAUAAUGAUGUGCAACUGCAAGAUAAUUUUCAAAGUCCUAUAUUUGGAUUUAAAACACCCAUCUCAAGUUCUAACCCUACCGCAGCUCCUAAAACAGACCGAGCAGUAGAUGACUCACAUACCUCAACUCCAAAAAUGGACCAACUAUUACCUGGUGUUCACAAUCCUGCUCCAGCAGAGAGAAUAUUUUCUGUGGGACAUAUCCGUGGCUUCAGUACUUUGCAGACUUCAAAAUCAGAUUGUCAUGGGUCAAUCACACAGGCAUAUUUUUUUGUACAAUUAUUUAGAGGUUAUAGUAUUGCAUUUGUGUUGUUUGCUAAGCUGGAGCAUUGCUUCUGUAUUUUGUAUUUCCUUAUUGUACUUCAGGGUGACACAGAAGUGCUUACCCCACCCCCGGAACCCGCUGCUGAUACUGAAGAGAGGGAUACAGAAGAUGACUUAUCUGAAACAUCAGCUGAAGAGAGGGACUAUGAGAGUUCAGAAGAGGGUUCACCCAUCAUUGAAGCAUAUACUGGUUGCAGAGACAGAGACAUAUUAUCUUCAGAACUUGUUGCUGCCAAGCAGAAAAAAUUCAUGCUCCAUUCAACUAAAAGGCUCCAGAUACGUGAAAGCAUUAGAUUUGAUAAUAGCAGUCCUACCUCACCCUCUCCAAAAGGGACUGGAGAAAGUAAUUGGAUGCAAGAACCUUCAGAUCAGAGCCAAGACGAUGGACUGAUGAGGGCUAUCAAACUGUUUGCCUUGGAAAUUCAAAAACUUCAAAGCAAAAUAGAGUCAGAGACCACUAAAAAAUCAUCUGAAAUCCUGAUGUCCACUUCUGAUGGGAUAUAUUUGCAGUUGCAGAACCUUGGGUCUCAUAUUCAGACAGAUGUAGGGAAGUUCACAAGCAUGAGUAAAUCGAGAAGAAAAGGAUUUGAAGUGAAACUUGAAGAGCAGCACAAAGAAUUGAAGUUGAUUCAUGAAAAAUUCAAAGAAGACAUUAACCGGCAUUUCCAGGACUACAGAACCACAUUGGAAGGGCUGGAAGCACACCACCUAGAGCUUAAGGGGACCAUGGAGAAGCAAAAAGCAUCGCACCGGAAGCUUCUCUUGCAAGUUGAAGAAGGGGUUGAAGCACAACUUAACCAUGCUCAGAGAAGAAUCACAGCCAUCCAUGAGUUGGCAAGGGGAAAGAUGCUCCAAUUGAAACACGUUGUCUCUAUGUGUUUGAAGGAGGGUAUUCUAAGCUGAAAUGAUUCCUACUGCCAUCUAGGAAGACAGGGUUUUGAUCCUUUUCCUAUAGUUGUGGAGUUCAUUGAUUUCUAAUGUGUUCCUGUAAGCCUUUGCAUUUUAUAGGUAAUCAAUAUUGUCCUAAUAACCAUCUCAUGCUUACAAACUUAUCUUAAUUUGAUCUCUCUACUGUUUCUCAAUUAUACUUACAGACAACUACAUUUUUCUCUGAAAUGCCGGUAUCAUUUGUCUA